AUGGCUUCCUACGGAUCAGAAACUCCAGAAAAAGAAUUGCGACAGUGGUUAGAGGCUAACGUCCAAGAAACCGGCCGCGCCUUCAAAUAUGCAUUGGUUGGAGGAUCCAUCUUCCACUUUUUUAAAGGCUUAUACCGCUCGCCGAAUGGAGCACGCCUCGUCGGCGCGUGGCACGCUAUGGGGGUGAACGCGCCGCGCGUGGCCGGUAAGUUUGGGGCAUGGUUCGCUCUCAGCACUGCCGUUGACAUUGCCUUGGGCUACGCUCGCCAGAAAGACGACCUUUGGAACCCCAUUGCCUCCACCACCAUCCCCACCGUACUUCUCUGCAUGCACCGUGGCCGUGCCGCCACCCUAGGCUUCGCGUCCCUUGCCGCUGGGUUAACCGUCGCUAUGGAGCUUUCUAUCCCCAUUGGUCGGAGGUACAUGGCUGAACUGGAUGAUAAAAAGUGCCGCCACGGUCGAUGUGGAAAAUAA